AUGUGUGUUGAUAUUUUUGCAGAUGAUGAACAGAGCCAAAAAAUACAGAAAUCUAAUAAAACAUUAGUGAUGAUGCCAAGGAUUGACAUGGGGGUUGAACUAAAACAACAAGUUCCAUUGGUGAUAGAUUUGGAGGAAGUAGAUAUAGCAGGCAAAGUUGGGUCCCCAAACAGCACCUUAUCUAGUGCUACUUGUAAAAGGUUGGGUGGUUUUAGUGGUGAGAGAGAUAUGAUUAGCGACGACGAAGGCGACAAUCGUGGUGGUUGUGGUGGUGGUGGUGGUGGUGAAAGAGGAGAAAGAAAGAAACUUAGACUAAGCAAGGAACAAAUUAUGGUGUUAGAACAAGCUUUCAGGGAACACACCACUCUUAAUACAAAGCAAAAGGUGGCAUUGGCAAACCAAGUGAAUCUAAGGCCAAGGCAAGUGGAAGUCUGGUUUCAAAAUAGAAGAGCAAGGACAAAGUUGAAGCAAACAGAGGUAGACUGUGAGUACUUAAGGACGUUAUGUGAGUCUUUAACAGAAGAAAACAAGCAGCUGCAAAAAGAGGUGCACGAGUUGAGGACUUUGAAUGUCUCUAGUGAACAAUCUUUCAUACAUUCAAAAUUGCACCCUCCUACAACCCUCACAAUGUGCCCUUCAUGCAAAACUGCUUCACUCUCCUCUUCUUCGGCCACGACGAAAUCUCCGACCAACGAUACCGGGAGAUAUCCGGCAGGAGUCUUCACCCGUCGACCUAUCCCGCAUAACCUAAAAAAACUCUCAUUAACGCUAAACAGUAAUAGAAUGUUCGAAGCGCAUCUUCCCCGUUCAUAGUACAAUAGUAUUAAUAACUAAAAAUAAUCUUGGCUUAAGUUAGAAGCUCAAAUAUGGCAAUUAAGUUGCUAUAAUAUUUAUUUCCUCAAAGUCUAAGUUGACUUAGGGAUUUAAAUUAGGGAAGGUUAUGAAAUUAAUGGCAUAAAAACAUGAAAAUCCGGAUAUUCAGUUAGUGGUGGUUAGUUAACCGCCAAAUGAUUGAAAGAUAGUAACAUUUUGCU